AUGGCACCGCCCAAGAAAGGCAAAGGGAAGGACAAGGCCGCCGCGCCAGCCCCGGCGGCGCAAGCAGCCGCAUCGUCGUCCAAAGAUGGCCCCAAAGGCAAGAAGACUGCAGGUUUAUCGCUCAUGGAGCAGGCCGCCGGUCCAGCUGCCAACAAGCCCACCGUCAAACAGAUCAUCGGCGGGUCGUCGUGGACCGGAAAGCUGCCGCAGAACCUCUUUAAUGAGUACUGCCAGAAGCAGCAGUGGGAGAAGCCAGUCUACGACAUGCGCAAGACGCCCGAGGGAUAUGCCUGCUUCAUCACCCUCAGCGCGAAGGACCCCAAGACGAAGGAGCUCAUGACCCUGGACUCAUUCAAAAUUGCGCCGGAUUUCAAGCACCUGCUCACCAGGCCGACUGCCCUGGAGGCGAGACAUGCCGCCGCAACGUACGCCCUCUUUAGGGUAUGCAGCAUGCAGAAUAAGCAUAUGGUGCUGCCGCCAGACUACAAGUCCAUGUGGAAAGACUUCCAGGAAAUCAAGAAGCAGGACGUGAAGGACGGCAAGGCGUGGAUGUACGACGCGGACCCGUUCAAGACUCUCAUGGAGAGGAAGGACACCAAGGCUGCGGCGGAGAAGAAACGCAAGGAGGCGGAGGCGGCCAAGGAGAAGGCAAAGUCGAUGCCCGGCGCAUCUGGGUUAGCCGGCGCAAACGCUAUGAAGGGCUGGGUGACGGCGCCAAAGAUUGAGAUGGGCAAGCGCUCGCGAACCCAGGUCGAGGCGCUUAUUCAAAAGUAUGUUGUUUGGAACCCAAACAAGAUUCAAAUACCAGCGGCGCAGAAGAAGGCGAUUGUCGAGGAGCUCAGCAAGCUGGGCUUCCGACGGAGUCACGUCGAGGAAGCCACGGAGAUCUGCAAGGAUCGUGAGGAGACACUUGAGUGGUUGUUGAUUCACGUGCCCGAGGACGAUCUGCCGAGGUGGGCACUGCCGGAAAGCUAUGCGGCGGGUAUCUCGGUCGCAUCCAUGGACCUUAAAAAGGAGGCCGUUAUCAAGCGUCUCUCGGAAUCCGGUUACGCCCUCGACCUAUGCGCCCGCGUGCUUGAAGAGGCUGGUGGCAGCGAAGGCCGGGCGGCCGAACUCCUUCAGCUCCGCCUCUUGGGACAAGUGUCGGGAGACGAGUCGCGGUCGACCGCGGAAGAUCUUCUUCCCCCGGGUGUUUCGGCGGAUGAGCUCUGGGACGACGAAGUUUCUGCGAUGGAGUCUUCCUUCGGUGAUCUGUUCAAGAAGACCUCAGCGGACAUUAUCCAAGUAAAGCUUGAAAAGGUCAAGAACGCAGGGAAGCCGGUAGAGGCGGCCGUUCAGGUUCGCAAGACGCCGAAUUACCCUGCUCAGCUCAACUUUGCCGUCGUGGCACCUCUUCCGGCACAGAUCAAGCUGUCGAUUAUCAAGCAGACGAUUGGGUAUCUGGACGACUCUUACUGGGAGGAGCCUAUGAAGGUCUUUGUUGCCAUUGACUGGAUCCAGCAAAAUAUCAACGACAUCAUUGAACGGCCAGGAAAACUGUCGGACAUUUCAGCGGUAGCUUCAACGGCGUCCGAGAUACCCAACGAAGCCCGGUCGCAAAGAGCCUCGAACAAAUCCCAGAGAGCUCCUAAGCCGAUCUCGUGGACACCUGACGAGCGAUCAAGAGACGACUGGCUGAGAAGAACGGAGGAUCCGGCGUGGGAGAAGAUGAUGUCGAAGCGUCAAAAGUUACCUGCGUGGCAGGUUCGUGACAAGAUUGUCCAGACCGUCGAACAUAACCACGUCACCAUCAUCAGUGGUGAGACUGGUUCCGGAAAGUCAACGCAGUCGAUGCAGUUCAUUCUGGACGACCUGUACAACAGAGGCCUGGGCAAGUGUGUCAACAUGCUUGUGACACAGCCCAGGAGAAUCUCCGCGCUUGGUUUGGCCGACCGUGUCGCUGAGGAGCGAUGUAGCAGAGUUGGUGACGAAAUCGGUUACGCCAUCCGUGGCGAGAAUCGUAGAAGCAACAACACAAAGAUCAUAUUCGUGACGACUGGUGUGCUACUGCGGAGGCUGCAGACUUCUGGUGGGAAGAUUGAGGAUGUGGCGGCGUCGCUUGCAGAUGUCAGUCACAUCGUCAUUGAUGAAGUUCACGAACGCAGUCUGGAUACAGACUUCCUCCUCACGAUUGUCAGAGAGGUCAUGAAGACGAGGAGGAACCUUCUGAAGUUGGUGCUCAUGAGUGCUACGCUUGAUGCUGCAUCCUUCAACUACUACUUCACCUCGCAAGGCUUGGAUGUUGGCAUGGUGGAGAUUGCUGGAAGAACGUACCCCGUCGACGAUUUCUACCUUGACGACAUCAUCAACAUGACGGGUUUCAGGGGUGACAUGAUUGAUGGAGACGGCGGACGAGGCGAUGCUAUGGGCAAGGUGAUUCAAAAACUGGGCCAUCGCAUCAACUACGACCUUUUGGCAGAGACUGUCCGGGAAAUUGACGCAGAUCUCUCUCAUACGGGCAAGUCGGGCGGAAUCCUCAUCUUCUUACCCGGAGUGGCAGAGAUCAACAGGGCAUGUGGUGUUCUGCGGUCUUUCUCCUCGCUACAUGUUCUACCUCUCCAUGCCUCGUUAGAGACCAAAGAGCAGAAACGUGUCUUCACCAGUCCUCCACAUGGCAAGAGGAAGAUUGUGGUUGCCACCAACGUGGCGGAGACUUCAAUCACGAUUGACGAUAUCGUCGCCGUUAUCGACAGCGGCAAGGUGAAGGAGACUACAUACGACCCUGUGAACAACAUGAGGAAGUUGGAGGAAAACUGGGCUUCUCGAGCGGCGUGCAAGCAACGGCGUGGUCGCGCCGGCAGAGUCCAAGCCGGCAAGUGCUACAAGCUGUACACCAAAAAUCUCGAACAACAGAUGGCUGAACGGCCGGACCCGGAGAUCAGAAGAGUGCCGCUAGAGCAGAUGUGUCUGUCCGUACGAGCCAUGGGUAUGAGAAAUGUGGCCGGGUUCCUCUCCCAGUCGCCUACGCCGCCCGAUAGCACAGCAGUCGAUGGCGCAAUCAAGCUCCUGCGCAGAAUGGGUGCGUUGGAUGGAGACGAGAUGACCGCACUGGGUCAGCAACUAGCCAUGAUUCCCGCCGACUUACGAUGCGCAAAGCUCAUGGUGUACGGUGCCAUCUUUGGCUGCUUGGACGACUCGGUCACCAUUGCCGCCAUUCUCAGCACCCGCAGUCCCUUCAUGUCACCUCCGGACAAGCGCGAUCAGGCAAAGGACGCGCGCAUGAAGUUCUCCAACGGGGACGGCGACCUGCUCACCGAUCUCGAGGCUUUCAAGCAGUGGGACGAGAUGCGCGGCGAUGGGGUGGGACAACGGCAGCUUCGCAACUUUUGCGACGAUAACUUCCUCUCGUGGCUUACGCUCAACGACAUAUCGGCGACGCGCAUGCAGUACUAUUCGGCCCUCGCGGAAAUCGGUAUCGUCGAGACGAGCAAAUCCGCCGCUACUCAGGGACAGAGCAAAUCCGGCGGCAUGACUCUUUUACGUGCGAUCACGGCUUCGGCGUUCAACCCGCAGAUUGCGCGGAUCCAGUACCCCGAUAAGAAGUUCACCAGCACGGUUUCCGGUGCAAAGGAGUUGGAUCCGGAGGCAAGGCUGAUCAAGUACUUUGCUCAGGAGCAGGGCAGAGUGUUUGUGCAUCCCAGCAGUACGCUCUUUGGCAGCCAGGGGUUCACGGGUAACGCUUCGUUCAUGUCGUACUUCACGAUGAUUUCCACCAGCAAGACAUUCAUUCGAGAUCUUACACCUUUCAACGCCUACACUUUGCUAUUGUUCUCCGGUGCUAUCAAUCUAGAUACGCUGGGACGAGGACUGGUUGUCGACGAAUGGGUACGCCUUCGGGGCUGGGCGCUGUUGGGAGUCUUGGUGUCGAGACUUCGGGGUAUGGUCGAUGACGUGAUUGCGAUGAAAAUUGAGAACCCUGGGUUGGAUCUCACAAAUAAUGAGGUGAUAAAGCUGGUUACGAAGCUGAUAGAGCUGGACGGACUAGACGCAUGA